AUGAGUCCAGAAAGAGCAAAAGUAUGUAUGCAACAAAGAGUGAUCAAACCCACGUUCAAGAAUGUUCAAGUUGUUUACUAUUUAUCAAGAAAUGGCCAUCUUGAGCACCCACAUUACAUGGAAGUAACUCAUUUGGUUCAUCAACAGCUUCGUUUGAAAGAUGUUAUGGAUCGCCUUACUGUUCUAAGAGGUAAAGGAAUGCCUUCACUCUAUUCUUGGUCUUGCAAAAGGAGCUACAAGAAUGGCUAUGUAUGGAAGGACUUGGCAGAGAAUGAUAUUAUUUAUCCAUCAGAAGGAGCUGAAUAUGUACUCAAAGGGUCUGAAUUAAUUGAGGGUUGCACUGAGAAAUUGCAACAUCUUCAAGUUGGCAAUGUUCUUCAAUUUCAACAAGACACAAAUUUGCAGCCAAAACACAAAUAUUUACCUUCAAAACGACACCCCGAGCCAGAAGAACUUGUGAGCAACCACUAUCGUGGAGACGAAGACGAAGAAAAUGCAGUAGGGGACGAAGAGGAAGAAGACUACGAGGAGAAAACGAGCUAUACGAGCUCCACUACGCCCCAUUCUAGAUGUUCUAGAGGAGUCUCUACUGAUGAAAUUGCUGAAUUACAACAGGAAGAACCAAAUAAAAACAUUAGAACUGAAUUAAAACUUGAAAGUUCAGUUUCAACCCCUCCAUCAAAUACUCCCAAGGUGGUUGAAGAUGAUGAUUUGGUGCGAAACAAGCCAUUAUUGACUAGAAACUCUGUGCUGUUAAGCCUUAUUGCCUGUGGCGGAUCGGGGUCGUUUAGGAAGAGUGUACCGGCUGCAUUUGUGAAGCAACCAACACCGGUCACGGUGGCUCGGAACGGUGGCGGCGGUGGUCUGCAUAAAGGGGUAGUCUGCAAGGCGGCCUCGAAGCUAGCGGUGGAGGAGGAUGCGAUGAUCAGUUGUAUGUCAGAGAAUCCGAGGUUCGGAAACUUGCAGUCCGAGGAGAAAGAGUACUUCAGUGGGAGCAUUGUUGAGUCGAUGUCUAUUGAAGAAAGAAUUCAGGUUGAACCUGGAUUGAAGAAAUCAUCCUCCCACAAUGAAGAAAGGAGCAGCAUGGCGGGGCUAGGAGAAGCAGCCGAGGAGGAAUCAAAAAAAGAGAAUUCAAUGAAAGGGAAAUGUAUUCCGAUGAAGAAAUUCUCCUCCAAGAAGUCCAAUAUAUAG